AGGUCAGAGUGUCGGCCUGACCGUCGCUAACGAAAGCAUUCGAAUCAAAUUCAAAUUGGUGAGCCUGUUCGGAUAGAAAGAAAGCGAAGGUCCUUCAGCCGUUCAAACUACUACCAGUACGUCUAUACGUCUAAGAUGUACUGUAUUUCACAAUUUGAUUGAGCAGACCUAACAUCAGCUGCACGACAACAUGCCGGUUUCCCAAGGUCGAAGGUCUUUCAUCGUAGGAGCAGGAUGUACUGCGUUCAUCAAGCCGAGAGGUUUGCGGACCACAGAAGACAUGGGUUUGGAGGCUGCGACAAAGGCACUUCUAGAUGCAGGUAUAACAUAUGACGCUGUUGAGGUGGCUUAUGUCGGUUACUGUUACGGAGACUCAACCAGUGGUCAGAGAGCAUUGUAUAACCUCGGCCUGACUGGUAUUCCCAUAACCAAUGUCAAUAACAAUUGCUCAACCGGCAGUACCGCACUCUACCAGGCUAAUACCUUGGUUAAGUCUGGUCUGGUGGAUUGUGCUCUUGCUCUCGGAUUUGAGCGGAUGUCUCGGGGUAGUCUUAGCUCCAACUUUCCCGACCGACCUUCACCUGGGUUGGUUUUGGCCGAGGCGUCUAACGAAGCUGAAGAGCUGCUCAGUACGGGAACAAACUUCGGCCCUGGUGCUCCAAGGAUGUUCGCAAAUGCUGGCCAGGAGCAUUCCGACAAGUAUGGAUCGACGGUCGAACACGUGGCGCAGAUUGCCUCGAAAAAUCAUAAACAUUCGGUCAACAACCCGUAUUCACAGUUCAGAGAUGGUUGGAGCGUCGAACAAGUCCUCAAUGCUCCUAAGGUUACAAAGCAACUGACCAAGUUCAUGUGUAGUCCGACUUCGGAUGGCGCGGGGUGCUGUGUCGUUGCCUCGGAGGAGUUUGUCCGCAAGCACGGCCUAGAGAACCAAGCUAUUGAGAUAGUCGCACAGGCUCUGACGACAGAUGAUCCAUCCACGUUCGAAAGCAAGAGUGCAAUGAACGUCGUAGGCUAUAACAUGACAAAAGCAUGUGCGGACAAAGUCUUCAGCCAAGCCGGCUUCAAGCCUGGUGAGGGUCGAGAUCAAGUCGGUGUGGUUGAACUUCACGACUGCUUUGCUUCAAACGAACUCAUCACGUAUGAGGCUCUCGGCCUCUGCGCUGUUGGAGAAGCUCACAAGGUGGUCGAAAGAGGGGACAAUACUUACGGCGGCAAAUAUGUCGUAAACCCCAGCGGAGGUCUUGAGGCAAAAGGUCAUCCCCUCGGCGCAACCGGUUUAGGCAUGCAUUUCUACAUCACUAUGCAAUUGCGAGGGUGGGCCGGUCCGAUGCAAGCUCCCGGACUCUUCGACCUGCCAGAUAAACGGGGAAAAUACGGUUUGAUCCAUAAUAUUGGUCUAGGAGGAGCUGUUGUGUGUUCGCUUCUUCGUCGACCAGAAUUCUACAAGCCAGGUGGCAAAGAUGGUCGGGACCGUUUGGGCUAUAAUCAUGCGCACGAAUGUCGUCCUGUCACUUUGUCGGAUGUAGACAAAGUCAAGUCUACCAAGAGCUCUCCCUUCUUCUUGGCUCGCGCCCGACUCUGAGCAAGCAAAAAAGAUCCCUUAGUGUUUGGCCUCUGGUAGUUAUUGAACGACCGCUCGUUUUCUAUCAAUAUAUGUCACCUCAUGUACCAUUAUUUCAGAUUGUAUACUCUAGCUUGUGUUUGUAUGCCAAUCGAGUUUCGUUCAGAGGCAUAUAUAUUUCAAUUGAGAGUCACCAGCCGAUCGAGCGAUCAGAUCAACCGUUGCAAACUGUUGUACACUACGAGAUACAAAGAUUGGGGUAUAGCAUUAAGUUUGGACAACAUUAUAUCCUGACAGCGAAGGAAGAAUGAAGUCGAUGAACAAGUGAACAUGAAUGGAGACAAAUAUUUUAGAGCCAUUUCGAUCGAGAUGACUUCAAAUUCUUGGGUUUGGAC